AUGUCACGGCAUGUCACUGGUCAUCACACUUACCAAGGAUUGCAACACCACUACAAGAUCAAACAGGCCUUUAGUCCCAAUCAUGUUGUAGAUCUCCAUGCAGGGAAUAAUAAGACUACUAAUCAUUGGCAUGGAAAUCCCCCUUACACUACUCCGGCGUAUACUGACUGGCGUUCUGAACAGUGGGAAAUCUCUCCAAUGGGAGCUGGCUACUCAAUUAGGAGUGUGCACAAUGGAAAUUAUGUUACGAUUGAAUCAGGGUUGGCAGACGGGACCGUUGUCGCCAAUCCUUAUCCAGUCAGCUGGGUCUUCAAUGCAAGUGACCCUGAGGAAAAUGUAUGGAAGAUUGGGUGGCUGAACAACACAUUAUACUUGAAUAUGGAUAAGAGAGGAAGUCGUCACAUUCUGUUGCAAAGUGACGACUCAUCCUCAGGAAGCCCUGGCGUCUUUGGCGCCUCGUAA